AUGGACAAUGAAAGUAAGAAUGUGCAUAUAUCAUCACCGAAAGGACCGGAAGAUGCAUCAAAUAUAGCGGAUGAGUAUCCUUCUCCUGAAAGAGAACGACCUGCGACUCUGGAUGACCAUGAUGCUCCGACUGAACAGCUCGUUGAGGGUGAACAUCAACAUCAGCAUGAACAUGAGCAUCAUGUGGAACAAACCGAUAUGCAGACCGAGUUAGCCAAUCAAGUAGCCGCUCAAGCUAUCGAAGCUGCAGUAGCCGCUGAAGUAAGAGCCAAUGCGUCGACACAUCCAGAUCCUUCAGAUGUACAUAUCCCUACUAUCGUCGCUGAAGCUGAGACUCAGAGAGCUGGAUCGCAUGCUAGUUCACAGCCAGAACAAGAUCAUAUGCAAUCCAAUCAUCUGAAGACAUCGCAUAAUCCUCGUCAACCUAAUUUUAAUAUCCAAAAGUCUCGUUCAUCCUUGUCAUAUAUCCCAAAUACAUCAUCUUCUUCCUCCACUUCGCUUCGGAACCAACGCCAUCAACGUGCUAUCCCACAAUUGACACCAAAUGAACAGAUAGCAGUGUUGAGAGAAGCGUAUGCCAAAAAUCCCAAUCCAGGUAAAAAGGAGUUAGAAUCAUUAGCUGAGAAGACUGGUAGACCAUGGAAUAAAAUCAGGGAAUAUUUUCGACAACGGAGAAACAAAUUAAGAGGUCUGGAUGAUUUGGAGGGUAUGGAAGAACCUGGACGCGCUUCAGGAUGGCUGCAAGUUGCAUAUCGACCUGCUCCUUCUUCCGCAUCGAUAUCGCAAUUAUCCUUGUACAAUUCUUACAAACACCGUUUUGACCCAUACUCGAUCACGACGCCAUUGUUAGGUGGUCAGGAACUAAUUCAGUUAGCAUGCGCUACUUUCCCAGGAUGUGAAAUGGCUCGUGACGAAGGUGAAUACGUGCUGAAAGGCGUGAAAGAGAAAGAAAUGGAAAAUGAAAAUCAAGGUGAACAGGAAGAAUGGGAAAAGGGAAUGGAAGGUUUAGUAGAACCUUUACGAGCCGGUAGCUGGCUGCUGAGCUCAUUCCAACAUCAAAAUGAUCCUAAUGCUCCAUCGACAUUGACACAGACGGAUCUGUACACCUCCUAUGCAGCUAGAUUCUCGUCGCUGCUCACUAGUGCCGGUCAAAACGAAGCUUCGGACGAAGCUCCUUCGCAGCAAGCUGAACAACCUGUAAACGAAGAGGAACAAGACCAUGAAGCUGACAUGAGAGCGUUCGAAGAUGCAGGACUCAAUUCAACUAAUGAUCAAGAGCAAGAUCAAGAGAACCAACAGAACGAGGAACAGCCAAUGAACGUGGAUGAGCAUCAGUCAUUAGCUUCACUAUCAUUACUACCUGAACCUGUAGCGGAACAUGAAACUUCGUCUCUAUCUUCCCCUCCGCCCACCGCUUCAAUUACCCCAUCAAUCAAGAAGGAGAACCGAUUACUGAAUCCACUAGAACUGAUCAAUCUUGCAAGAAUGACAUUCCCAAAGUGUGAACCAACAAUAGACGGCGCAGGCAGAUUCGUGAUCAAAGGAUUGGAAAGGAGGAAUGGGAUUGAACCUGGAUCGAAAGAAAGGGAAAGGGAAAUGUUCCCUUUUGCUCUACAUAAUGAACUCAAGCCAGGUCAAGCCUUUGUCGGCUUAAUGAAGAGGAAGUUAGGGAUGUUAGCUCCCGAACCCACUGAGACGAAAAACACCUCAAGUCUCGACGAAGUGGAUGGAAAUGAACGAGAUCCGAAGAAAGCCAAAUUGAAUGGUAGCUCAGAUGGGAAAGCGGUUCUAGAAGAAUUAUCAGAGGAAGAUAAAGAAUUGAUUUCUGGGCUGAAACGGUUUAGGGAAAGUAAGUUAGGUGAAGAAGUGAGAGAUGCUUGUGUCAGUCAGUAA